AUGUCGGAUGCAGAAGAAAAUGCCCUGGAAGAAGCAGAAGAAAGUGAAGAAACAGACGUGGAAGAAGAAGAAUACAAUUUGAAUUCUAAAGAGGUAGAAAAUAUGGAGCAAAAAUCAAAAGAAGAUGACACAUCAGUAUGGAGAGAAUCUCAGGAGGAGGAGGAGGGGGAAGAGGAAGGAGAGGCAGAGGAAGAGGAGGUGGUGGUGAAGGAGGAAGAGGCUGUUGUAAAAGAAACCGAGGACAAGUUUGGAAAAACUGAGGAAGAGGUGGCUGCAGGAGUCCAGGAGGACAUCACAGUGAUACCUUCAGAAAUCAUGUCCAUGAUCAGUUUGGAGAAAGAAUUUUCUAGUUCUCAGUCAUCCAUUUCAGGAGCUUUCCUGCUGACUUUAAAGGGCAGUAGGGAUAAGUCUUCCUUACCAUCAGGCAAUUCUGAAAUAAAUGAAAUUUUAAGAGAUCUCAGCUCACAACAUUCAUUUCUAGAUUUGGAGCAAAUCAAUAAUGAGAUUGAUCAGACAGAUUGGCAGUUCCCAGAAGAGCUUGAGGAAAAACCUGGAGAAGCUCCCCAAGACACAGUGGAACAAGCAAAAGGGGAUUUGAUAUCAGAACAGGAAGCCACAGAAUCAGAAGAGGAUGAAAGGACACAUGAAAAGAAAGAGUCAUACAACCUCACUGAAAAAGGAGAAAAAGAAAGGGUCUCCAAGGAGUCCCUGGUGUCCACCACCACAGAGGAUUCCUUGUUCCAAAAGGAUGAGAGCACCCCUGUGUACCCCUUGAACUUGACCUGGUCGUUUGGAUGGAACAGUUCCCUCCCUGUCUUCUAUGUCUGUGAGAAGAACCAUAGAGUCCUUCUGUACGUGUCUUCUCACAAUGCCGUCAUCUAUAAUAUCUUCAGGAAUAGCCAGUACCACCUGCAGGGCCACCCCAACCUCAUCUCCUGCCUCUGCAUCAGUGAAGACAGGCGGUGGGUUGCCACAGCGGACAAAGGGCCAGACUGCCUGAUAAUUAUAUGGGACACCUUCACAGGGAUUCCUGUGCACACCAUAUUUGACAGCUGCCCAGAAGGUAAUGGCAUUAGGGCAAUAGCCAUUACCCGUGACGCCAAGUAUCUGGCAACCAUCUCAGAUGCUGAAGUCCAGAAAGUGUGCAUCUGGAAGUGGACUUUGGCAGUGGAGACGCCGGCGUGCAGUCUCCUUCUCCCCAAGGAGUAUGGUUUCCAGAACUACCUUACUUUUAAUCCAACAAAUAAUAAAGAAUUGGUGAGCAAUAGUAAAACACAGGCAAUAUAUUAUUCAUGGUGUGAAGAGAAAAAUAUACUUGCUCACAGUGCCCCACUCUUAACAGAAAAAACAUUCAACAAGCUUGUGGGAAAAUUUAGCCAGUCCGUCUUUCACUUGAAUUUAACACAAAUACUCUCGGCGACGAUGGAAGGGAAGCUGGUCGUCUGGGAUGUACACCGUCCCCCGGAGUCUUCCUCCACCCUCUUUAGCUUUCCCUACAUCAAGCCCUGUAAACUGGUACAUCUGCAGAGGGAGGGCAUCACCGUGCUCACCACAGUUGAUAACUACCUUGUCACAGGUGACAUUAAGGGUAACAUUAAGUUCUAUGACAGCACCCUGUCCAUUGUUAACUGGUACAGUCACUUCAAACUGAGUUCCAUAAGGAGUCUAUCCUUUUCAAAUAUCCCAGCAAAUCCUCCUACUGAGGAAUCAAACUUCCUUCCGGACUGUACUUUAAAAGGUGACUUUUUCAUUGUCAGGAAUUUUAUCAUUGGAACAUCUGAUGCCUCGGUGUACCACUUAACAACAGAUGGCACCAAACUUGAGAAGUUAUUCAUAGAGCCCAAGGAUGCCAUUUAUGCCAUCUCCUGCCACCCAUACCAACCUCUAAUCGCCAUUGGGAGUGUCUGUGGGAUAAUUAAAGUGUGGGAUUAUGAAAAGAAGAAGUAUCUUUUCAGCAGGGUCUUUGAGAAAGGGCUUGGAAUCCAGAGUCUGACCUACAACCCUGAAGGAGCUCUGCUUGGAGCUGGCUUCACAGAGGGGACAGUUUAUAUUCUUGACGCAAUGUCCUUAGUAAAUGAAACCCCACAGGCUUUCAAGUAUUCCAGGACCAGCGUGACUCACGUCAGCUUCUCUCAUGACUCCCAGUAUAUGGCGACUGCUGAUGUAAAUUUCACUGUGGCUGUGUACAUGGUGGUAGUUAAAAGUGGACAAAGGGUCUGGGAAUAUUUAGCAAGACUCCGCUCUCACCGCAAAAGCAUCCAAAGCCUCCUAUUUGGGGUUCACCUGGACAGCAACGAGCCUAGGCUGCUGAGCCUGGGUUCAGACAGACUCUUGAUAGAGUAUAAUCUCAACAAGAGCUACAAAGACAACCUGGAAGUCCUGGACAUACACCGAACUGACCAGGGCAAUUACCCAACCUGUAUGGUCUGGUACCCGCCACUCGUCAAGGAGCAAUUCUUGCUUAUUUGCAACAGUGGCUACAAAAUGAAACUUUUUAAUUCGACCACCAAAAUGUGCAGAAAGACGCUUCUUGGGCCAACUUAUGGAUCUCCUAUCAAGCAGACGCAGGUCCUCCCGGUGAAAACCACCCUGGAUCUACAGAGGCGCUACCUGGUGUUCAUUAACAAAGACAAGGUUGGACUUCAGAUCUUGCCAGUUGAUGGAAAUCCACACAAGACAUGCGCUAUUGUCUGCCACCCGGAUGGGGUGGCCGGGAUGGCUCUUUCCUAUGACGGCUCUUAUGCCUUCACAGUAGGAGGACGGGACCGCUCAGUGGUGCAGUGGGAAGUCAACUUAAGUGCCCUGGAGGCUGCGGUUUCUCUUGGGGGUGAAGACUUGACCCCGUUCUAUGGUCUGGUGUCUGGUGGCAGGGAAGGAAAGUUCUACAGGGAGCUGGAGGAUUAUUUUUACUACUCUCAGCUCCGCAGUCAAGGUAUUGAUACAAUGGAGACCAGGAAGGUGUCGGAACAUAUUUGCCUGUCGGAGGUUCCUUAUGUCAUGAGAGCAAUUGGCUUUUACCCAUCCGAAGAGAAGAUUGAUGACAUGUUUAAUGAAAUCAAAUUUAGUAAAUACGUGGACACUGGAAAGCUAAUUGACAAGAUCAACCUACCAGAUUUCUUCAAAAUUUACCUUAACCACAGGCCACCUUUCGGUAACACCAUGAGUGGCAUCCAGGAGAGCUUUAAAGUUCUUGGUUAUACCAAUUCCAAAGGAGAAAAGGCUAUUCAGAGAGAAGAUUUCCUGGAACUGCUCCUAACUAAAGGUGAGCACAUGACAGAAGAGGAGAUGCAUGACUGCUUUGCCACACUGUUUGGCCUGAAUCCUGAGGGGUGGAAAUCGGAGCCUGCGGCCUCGUCUGUCAAAGGCUCAAAAAUUUGCCUCAAAGAAGAACUUCCAGACGAAAUCACUGCGGAAAUAUUCGCGACUGAAAUUCUUGGCUUAACCAUUGCAGAAGAUUCUGGAUGA